UAUUAUAAUUCUUUUUUGGUUUUAAUUAUGUUAAUUAGAUUAAUAUGGGCAAUCGAUCAUGGAUGUAUUGUCGUCGUAGGGAUGGUUAUAUUUUUCUGGAAUUUAUUGCAGGUGUACAGAGAUCUAUUAAUUUUGCAUUUUCAAUUGAUGAAAAUGUAUCUGGAGGUAAAAUUAGAUGUCCUUGUGUUAGGUGCAAAAAUCAAAAGUUUUUAAUGGAAGAAGAUGCUUAUAAGUACCUGUUUUCAAGAGGAUUUUUACCUGAUUAUGAAAAUUGAAUUGUACAUGGAGAGCCUUAUGUUUCAGAACCGAUAAUAGCUGGACCUUCAUCAGUUGGGUGUAGUCAUGUUGUGAAUGAUGUUUUUAAAGAAAAUUCAUAUAGGAAUAUGGUUCUGCAUGCAAUGGGGGUUGGUGAUGCAUACUCUAAUGAUAUGAUUUCUAGUCUUAUGGUAGCAGAGGAACUUCCGAAUCCGGAGGCAGAUAAAUUUUAUAAAUUACUUAAAGCUGCAGAGGAGUCUUUAUGGGAUGGGUAUACCAAGCAAUCUAAACUAUCUGCUUGUGUACAAUUGCUUAAUAUGAAGUCAACUCUAAAUUUGACUCAGACUGCCUUCAACAAAUUUACUGAAUUUACAAAAAGUUGCAUGCCUGAUAAUGAAAAUUUGGUUUCAAAUUUCUAUGAUGCCAAGAAAUUUAUGCGGCCACUUGGACUUGGUUAGGAUAAAUCUGAUGUGUGUCCUAAUUAUUGCAUGUUGUACUAUGGGGUAGAUGCAAUGAAAACAAGUUGUGAUUUUUGUGGAAGUUUACGAUACAAACCUAGAAAUCCCACUAGUAAAGGUUCUAAUAAGUCAGAGAAACAACUCCGAUACUUUCCCUUGACACCAAGACUUCAGAGGCUAUUCAUAUCUCCACAUCAUGCCAAAGAUAUGACAUGGCAUCAUUUUCAUAGGUCAGAUGAUGGAGUUAUGGUGCAUCCAUCUGACAGGGAAGCAUGAAAGAAGUUUAAUGAAGAUCAUCAAGACUUUGCAUCCGAUCCAUGAAAUAUUCGAUUAGGAUUAUGCACUGAUGGUUUUAGUCCUUUUGACAUGUCUUCAAAUGUCUACUCUUGUUGGCUAGUAAUUGUGACUGUUUAUAAUUUGCCUCCUUGGAAGUGUAUGACCCGACCAUUCAUGUUUUUGUCAAUGAUUAUUCCUGUGCCGAAGAAUCCGAGGAAAAAGCUUGAUGUUUUCCUACGAUCGUUAAUUGAUGAGUUGAAAAAGUUAUGGCUUGAUGGUGUAUAUAGGAAGGAAAAUUUUCAAUUAAGGGCAGCUUUGAUGUUGACCAUUAGUGAUUUUCCAGCUUAUGGUAUGUUAUUGGGUUGGAGUACUCAUGGGAAGUUGUCUUGUCCUUAUUGUAUGGAGCAUAGCAAAGCCUUUAGAUUAAUGCAUGGGGGAAAAAUAACCUUUUUUAACUGUCAUCGACGAUUCCAACCUAUGGAUCACCCAUAUAGAUAUCAAUUAGAUAAGUUUUUGAAAGGAGUAACAACAUGGCUCCCUCCUUUACCUCGUCGAUCUGGUUCAAAAAUUUUAUUUGAAGUGUCUAAUUUGACGAUGGGACAUAUUAGAAGUUCAUCUCAUAAUGACAAAAUUCCAGGCUUUGGUGCUAAGCAUAAUUGGGUGAAGAAAAGCAUUUUUUAGGAGCUUUUGUAUUGGCAUACAAAUCUAAUUCGUCAUAAUCUUGAUGUCAUGCACAUUGAAAAAAAUUUCUUUGACAAUAUUUUUUAUACAGUAAUGGAUUGUCCUGAUAGAAGCAAGGACAAUUUAAAGGCUAGGUUGGAUAUUCAGUUGUAUUGUAAGAAGCCAAACUUACAUUUGCAACAUGAUGCAAAUGGUCGGGUUUACAAACCUAUAGGCACUUAUUAUCUCUUCAAGAAACAACAACAAGAAGUGUUGUCAUGGAUGAAAGAAUUGUCUUUUCCUGAUGGUUAUGCUUCAAACAUCUCACGGUGUGUAAAAAAGGCAUAGUGUAAGGUUUCAGGCAUGAAAAGUCAUGAUUGUCAUGUUUUUAUGCAAAGACUUCUUCCAAUUGCUUUUCGACCUUACUUGCCUAAACCACUAUGGGAGUCAUUAACUGAAUUGUGAGUAUUUUUUCGAGACAUUAGUGCUACAAGUUUAAAUGUCCAACACAUGGAGUUGCUGCAAAUGAAUAUCAUUGAAAUUAUUUGCAAACUUGAAAGGAUUUUUCCGCCAUCCUUUUUUGACUCUAUGGAACACUUGGCAAUACAUUUAUCUUAUAAGGCAAAAGUCGGAGGACCCGUUCAAUAUCAAUGGAUGUAUCCAUUUGAACGGUAUGUUUUCAUGUCAUAUUAUUUUUUACUCUUUUCCAUUUUUUUUCCUAAACUAAUUGAUAUCAAUGAUAUAGGUAUAUGUUUUAUUUGAAGAAAAAAGUGACAAAUAAAGCUAAAGUUGAGGGUUCCAUUGAAGCAUAUUUGAUUGAUGAAAUUACCAAUUUUGCAUCUUAUUAUUUUGGAGAUGACUUGCAAACAAUAUGGAAUCGAGUUCCAAGAAAUGAUGAUGGUGGCCUUAAAAGUCUUGACGGACAACUUUCAAUUUUUUCUUACCCGGGGAAAAAAUUGUCUAGAAGAUCAUAUAGAAGACAUUUGUCACAUGCUGAAAUGAAAAUUGCACAUAACUAUAUUUGUUUCAACUGUGAAGAAUUGAAGCCCUAUUUAGAGCAAUAUCAUCAAGAGCUAAAGUCACAACAACCAUAUGCGAGUGAUGCUGAAAUAGAAAAACUAUGCGAGGAGAUCUUUCCAAUUUGGUUAAAAAAUAAUGUAUCUAGCAUGCCUCGACGUGGUUCUAUAUUAGGUUCCAGGAGUAAUAGGACCACUUCAUCUAGAUCAAAUGGCCCUUCAUUUGGGCUGAAUAGCCAAGCAUCCAUUUCUCAUCAACCUAUUCAUCAUGAGUUGCAUGAUUGCUAUAAUCCUACUUGGAAUGCACAUCAUACUCAGCAAGAUUAUAGGAGGAGGGAUGAUUAUCAAUCGUACGAGGGUUUUCGCUUUCAAGAUUUACUUCAAACUCAAGAUGGUUUCCCUCAAGAUCACCCAUAUACUUUUGGAGGAUAUAAUGUUGAUGGGGGUUAUUAUGAUUGGAGGGGCAAGGAUGUUAGGAGAGGUGAGAGAGUUGAGGAAGAUAAAGGAGAACAAUAUGAGAGAGUAGAUAGUGAUAAUGAUAAAGAUGAAGAUGAGGGAGAUGAUGUUAAUGCAAGAGGAUUAGGUGAUGAGGGAGAUGAUUGUAAUGUUAGAGAUUCAGAGGAUCGAGAUGACAUCCCAUCAAUCCACGGUUCAACAUCUUCUCCAUUGCAUCAUGAGCAACGGGUUCAAAAGCAGGGUUUUGACACACAUAAGGAUCCAAUUACAAAAAAAAUAGAGCUUUGUUUAUAUGGAACAUCAGACUUUAAUAACUCAUCGUGUGGGCGUGAGAUCGGAUUUAUUUUGAGGUCAAAUUUUAAAGGACCAUGGCACAAUUGAGAAAAAGUUGAUUCAACUUAUAGGGAUGAACUCUUUAAGGAGUUUAAGCAAGAAAAAGCAGAUGGAAAAGAACAUCUAUGGGAUGAUGUGUUUUCGGUGUUGCAUCAGAGUGCCAAAAAUCCUGAAACCUUCAUAGAUAACAAGUCUAAAAAAGUUGUUGAGAAUUACAAAAAAGAGAUGAUUUCAAGAUAUGGAACUGAUCGGGAAAAUCAUCAUUCAUUUGAUGGAGCAGCUUGGUGUGCGGCUAUAGGAGGAGUUGCAAAGGGUAGAAUAUAUGGUGCACCUGGUAUGCCAAAAUCCAUGGUUAGUACGCUUAUUUCAUCACAAUCCUAUACGAUGGAGUCAACAACUCCUAGCUCAUCAAUUCAGGCAUUGAAAGAGCAAAUAAAGAAAAGAGAUGGUCAUAUUUUAUCACUACAACAGGAGAUGACUUCAAUCAAAAACUUUCUUAGUAAUAUGGGAUACCAAGCUUGGGCAUCAAAUAUGGACCAAGGUAUGUCGACACCUAUGGCUUCAUUUAUGCUGUCACAUAUGGCUCCACAGAUAUAUCCCUUAUCUAAUCCAGUAUAUCGACCGAGGCCUCGACCACCGUAUACCGGUCCCACCUCAUGAUGGUCAGCAUUGUUUUGGUUCAUUUCCAUCAUCACCCCCACCACCACCUUUAUGAUAAAACAUAUUUAUUAAAUUGUGACUUAUCUAUUUUGAUGUAAGUUUGACGAGAUUUAAAAAUUUAUUGUGAAAUUCAUUUUAUUUGACUUA